UUUGAGAAUGGUGAUGAUAGUCGUAAGCCAAGCUUUUUGGCGCCUUCCCGCCCGGAAAGAACGGCUGGUAGUGCACCCGUGCGCCUGUCAGCCCGCCUCACAGCCACACCAGCGCCGCAUCUUGGGGGACGCUGCCGAGCGCGCAAUACGAGCGGACGAGGCGCAACACUAUGACGGUGAAGAAACAAAAGACGUGUUUUGUGAGGCGACCCGAACCGCUCCAACUGCAGAAUUCUCGCGGCGAAGGUGGGCCAGGUGGGAAUUGCAAAGGAUCCACGAGAAAAUGAAGUCGCAUGAGUCAGCUUGACGCGUAACCCGAAAUGCGUGUCCACUCACUUUCCAUGCCAACAUGGCCAUCCAAGAGCAACACUUUCGUCAUCCAGAGCGACAUGCCAGCAGUAGAACACUGCGCGAUUCCUAUGCGACUUCCCACGCGACUCCACAGAUACGGCCACUUGGUACCUUGCAGCGGAAAUGGAGUGAUGAUUGAUGUGUCGCGACCCACGCGAACUGUUCUGGCUGCCCUCUCGUUCGAUCGCAAUCCAACGCCUACGGCUACCAUAUGCGACUCCUUCUCGGCUCCUGCGGCUUUGUACCUUCCAAUAGCGACAUCGAUGCAGAGGAAAUGCCUCCUUGUUCAAGUACCGCGAUCCCAUUCGCGCUGUCUGGCUCGGUCUGGAGGUGAUUCUCGACCUGCCUGGGAAGCUGUCAAAACGUAUCGCAUACAUCUGGCCUCGAGGUUUGUCGCGCGACACCGGGCUUGGCCAUCCCAACUCCUCCGCUAUGCCAACCGUCCGUGCGUCUAGGCUUCCCAGUGCCUCACUUUCACUGGAUGUAACAUGGUGAGAUUGAGGAUGUCGGCCGACGUUUUACCGCGCGAAAUUUUUGCAUUCACUGCCAAUGCGACCCAGCGUAACCUUGUUCCGGUUGUCGUCUUCCUAUCUCCUGGCGGAAU